CUUUGAAAAAUCCAUAGCCCGACCGACUCGCGAUUCCAAACCCCCAAACCCCUCACCCGGAUCCAACCCAAUCCCCGGCGGCGGCGGCGAUGGCGGCCGUGACCAACGCCGACGUGGAGGUGGUCGACUUCGACCUCGACGACGACGACCUCAUGGACGAGGACGCCGGGGCGGAGCCCGCGCCGGCCCCCGCCCCCGCCUCCCGCCUCCGCUCCACCAUCGCGGGCGACGACGCGCCGCGUAGGACCAAGGGACGCGGCUUCCGCGACGACCCCAACUCCUCAUCCGCCCCCCGCGACUCGCGCUUCGGCGCUGGGGGGCGCGCCGACUUCGACUCGCUCGGCUCCGGCGGCGGCCCGGCAACCAUCCGAUCAAUUGAAGGGUGGAUUGUGCUGGUCACUGGAGUUCACGAAGAAGCACAAGAAGAUGACCUUCACAAUGCUUUCCGAGAAUUUGGGCAAGUCAGAAACCUGCAUUUGAAUUUGGAUCGUCGUACUGGAUUUGUCAAGGGGUACGCUUUGAUUGAAUACGAGAACUUUGAAGAAGCUCAGGCUGCAAUAAAAGAACUGGAUGGAACUGAGCUUUAUGGACAAAUAAUAAGCGUUGAUUGGGCAUUUAGCAGUGGCCCUGCUAAGCGCAGAAAUUCUCAAAAGAGGCCUCCAUCAAGAGCUCGUUCAAGGACCCCACCCAAGAGAAGAUACUGAUGUUUCCCCAGCAUGUCCUGAACUUACUAGGAGUGAUGAAGUAGUGCAAGAAGUCUGGGGAUUCCAGAUUGCUUGGUGUAUCACCGGAGUUUGAUGGUUGCUACUAGUAUUAGGUUGCCUGCCGUUUUCAUUUCGUGACUAUGGUAGUUGUAUCAUACUCACUUUUGGUCGGUGGAGUUAUGUUUAACGCUAUGUUUGGCAUGCCAGUUUGAGACAAUUGUAACUGUGGAUCCUUUGCAUCUUUGACCAUAACUAGUGAUGUGUUGGAAUUGGAUGUUGAUGUGCACCUUGCUUCUGUA